AUGAGCCUAAUCCGGCUACACUGUAUCAGUCCUCCAGGCUGCUCAAACCUCACACGGGAUUUUGCCAUCUCGGCCAUCCACAAGCCAGCUUCAGAUCUAUCCACUUAUUUGGCACAUCCAUCUAUGCUGUCUCCCAGCCACGGGUCUGCUCCGGGCCUCUUGAGGGAGCAUUUACACACAAUCAUUGCCACCGGCUCCGGAGUCCAUGAUGGACGGCUGGUCCGCUCGUCAGAAACCGGAACUCAGGUCAGUCCAAUUUCUGAGUCCAGCCUCAGUAGGCUUGAGACGGUCAAGGGCUUAAGCGAUGACCCAACAGGCCGGACAUUUGAUGCAAACGUUGGUCGUGGGGUCAGAGCUCGAAGUGGAGAUGAUGAUGACCGUCUAGCUGUCGUUAGGUUGGAGGGAUUACAAUGCAAUUUCCUCUACCAGGCGACAGUUUCCGGAUUCACGUCUGCCGGCGAGGGUCCAACCAGCAUAGCCAGCGAGCCUUUCCGCAUCGGAAUUGAUGGUGAGCUUGCCGGUUUUGGCAUUAAUAUUUGA